UCCAUUAAUUAUUCUCUCAUUUUAUUAAAGUUAUAGAGCAAAAACAAUACUUCUCUCAUUAAUGUAUAGUUAUGUUGCUCGAAAUCCUCAAAAAUAACGUUGAUUACGUGUUGGAUCCUUCAAACGUUGAGCAUUUUUUUAAGGAUCUGACAUGGCUGUGGCAACUUUUUUAAAGAGUCGUCCCGGCAACAUAGAAAACAUUACCUAAGUAAGCAAAUCAGAGUUUUGAACCACAAUCUUUUUUGCUUACUGGGAAUUAAAUUAUUUUUACGCGUUAAAUGAGCUAAAGCUACUGAGUUUGGGACUGAACUCACUGUCACCAUUACUUGAUCUUCUUUAGUUUAUGUGUGCCUUUUCAGCAAAUCUGCGUAUCUUGUUAUUUGUAAUACCAUUGAUCUCUUGCAACCCUGCAGGUUUCAGGUCAUAACAACAAAGGAAAGAAACGAGAAUACAGUAGAUAUGGCUCAUGCAAGUGUGGCUUCUCUUAUGAGAACAAUUGAAUCGCUCUUGACAUCCAAUUCUCCGAUAAAAUCUCUAAUCCCAAACCGAAAACUUUGCGCUCUUCGUGAAAAGGUUAGUUCCCUGGAAGUAUUUCUCAAGAACUUUGAGAAAAACAAUGUUUUUGGAAAAAUGACGGAUUUUGAAGUAGAGGUAAAAGAAGUUGCAAAUUCUGUUGAAUACACAAUUCUACUAAAGGUAACAAAAACUAUAAUGGAAAAAAAUAAAAGCAUCAUAGGAAUCACUGGCUCAAGAUUUUUCAAUGGAAUCUCAAAUAUAUGGACAUGCCGAAAGUUCCGUAAAAGCCUUCAACAAAAGUUCCGUAAAAGCCUUCAACAAUUAGCAAAGGACAUUGAUCAUAUCUAGAAAGAGUCAACAAAGAUUCAAGAUAAAGGAAGACAAGUGUCAAAGGAAUCAUUGGUUCAUGAUUUCUCAAGUUCAACAAACAAUAUUCUGAAUGUUAACAAUAAUAUGGUUGGACGUGACGAUCAAAAUGAACGCUUGUUAGAAGAUCUGACGGUAAGUUACUCUGGUGAACCCAAAGUCAUCCCGAUUGUCGGGAUGGGAGGCAUAGGUAAAACAACCUUAGCGAAAGAAGCUUACAAUCAUGAAUCAAUUCUACGCCGUUUUGAUGUUCGUGCCUGGGCUACUGUAUCUCAACAGCACAACAUAAAGGAUAUUUUGUUGAGCCUUCUGCAAUCGACCAUCAAAAUAGAUGACAAGGUUAAGGAGGAAGGUGAAGCAAAGCUAGCAGACAUGCUGCAGAAAAAUUUAAAGAAAAAGAGGUACUUAAUUGUCUUGGAUGAUAUCUGGAGUUGUGAAGUGUGGGAUAGUGUGAGACGAUGCUUUCCAACGGAAGACAAUGCAGGGAGUCGAAUACUGUUGACUACCCGUAACAACGAAGUAGCUCGCGAUGCUGGUACAGAGAAUCUUUCUAUGCAGAUGAACUUCAUGGAUCAAAAUGAGAGUUGGAACCUUUUUAAAAGUGCAGCAUUUUCAAAUGAAGCAUUGUCAUCUGAGUUUGAGACUAUUGGGAAGAAAAUCGAAGAUGAAUGUCACGGGUUACCACUAACUAUUGUCGUGGUUACUGGACUUCUCAAACCUAAAAGGGCAAUAAAAGAUUGGGGAAGUGUGGCCAAAGAUGUCACCUCAUUCAUCACAAAUGAUCCUGAUGAGCAAUGUUCACCUGUGCUUGGGUUGGGUUACAAUCACUUGACCAGCAAUCUAAAAAUAUGUCUUCUGCAUUUCAGAUUUUUUCCAGAAGACAGUGAAAUACCAGCGAAGAAACUGAUGAGAACGUGGAUGGCUGAGGGGUUCCUGCUGUGGGAAAAUGAUUUGGAAGGAGAGGCUGAGAAGUGUUUGCAAGAGCUUGUCGAUAGAUGUCUAGUUCUCGUCUGCAAGAAAUGUCAAGAUGGAACAAAAAUUAGAUCAUGUAAGGUUCAUGAUCUAAUAUAUGACCUGUGCAUUAGAGAAAUUCAAAGGGAGAACAUUUUUAUCAUGAACGACAUUGUGCUUCAUUACUCAUAUUCAUAUUCAGAAUAUCGAUAUCUCAGUAUGCAAAAAAUGCAGCCCUUUAAACGCAUGACUGGUGAUAAAAUUGAUUAUUUUCACUAUGGUCUUUAUAGGGCUCUUCUUACCCCUGUACAUCGUCAGUUGGGAGGUCAUGACAACAACGAUCUUUUGAAACGAACCCAUUCUAUUUUCUCUUUUCAUCUUAAGGAUUCAUUUUAUUCUCCUGUUCUCAAAUCAGAGCUUAUUCAUUUCAAAUUACUCAAAGUCUUGGAGUUGAGACAUAUAGAGAUUGAUAAUUUCCCUCUACAGAUAGUAAGCCUCAUCUGGUUGAGGUACCUAUCUUUGGUCUGCCAUAAGAAUUUAGACAUACCUCCAGAAAUUUGCAGGUUAUGGAAUCUGCAGACAAUCAUUGUUCAAGAGCAUCCUGGUUGAACAGUUAAAAUAACUUGUCCAGAGGAAAUUUGGGGACUAAUGCAAUUAAGGCAUCUCAAACUGGCGGCCAAAUUUUAUCUGCCAAAUCCCCCAAGCGUAUCUGCUGACAAAGGGAGUCACAUGGGUUUUUCAAACAUACAAACUAUUUCUUGCUUGUCUCCAGGUUGUUGCACGAAGGAGGUUAUUAUGGGGAUUCAGAAUGUCAAGGAAUUAGGAAUCAGUAAUAAUGGGCAUUUCAACAAUCUUGUCCAUCUGCAGCAACUAACAUUGAGUCUUAUGGGCUUCUCAACAUUUUGUUUUUUGCCAGCAAGUGCAAAAGCUUUUCCAGCAACGCUCAAGAAGCUGAAGUUGGAGGGAACUUUGCUAAGUUGGUCGUACUUGGACAUCAUAGCUGAGUUGCCUAAGCUUGAGGUGCUCAAGCUGGUGUUUAAUGCUUGUGAUGGUGAAGAAUGGCAUCCAAAUGUCAAGGGAUUUACUCGAUUGAAGGUUUUGUUAAUUGAAUAUAAUGAUCUCAAGUACUGGAAAGCCACAGAUGAUAAUUUUCCUGUCCUUGAGCGCCUUGUGCUCAACGUGUGCAGAUAUUUGAAAGAGAUACCUAUUGAGUUUGCAGAAAUCCACACACUUCAAUUGAUUGAGUUAACAAGAUGUCUUCCCGAACUUGGGGAAUCUGCAACACGAAUUCAAAAAGAACAAGAAGACCUCGGAAAUAACCCCGUGGAUGUUCGUAUCUCCAAUCCAUAUGAUGAAUUUGAUGAUGAUGAAGAUGACGAUGAUGAUUAUGAUGAUGACGACGAUGAUGAUGAAGAAAAUUCAUAUGUUGAUGUUGCAGAAGACAAUGAUAAUGAAGAUUCUGAUGCUGAUGCUGCAGAACAUGAUGAUAAUUAAGAUCUUUGGUUGUUAUCUGUUCAGAAUAACAUGUAGAGAUAAGCAUCCAGUAUCAUCCCCCUCUCCUCCACCCCAUCGAAUUACGGUCAAAGCUGCUACGACACACUAUAACUUCACAGGGUCCUAUUACCCCUCUAGAAUCAAUUUUAGCAUAUUUUUGUCACCCUUUUGUGCUGACAUGGCACCAUAAUUACAUAAAAAUGAUGCCCACAUCAAAUGUGGCACGUCAGCUAAAAAGGUUGGUAAAAAUAUGCUAAAAUUUUGUUCGGGGGUAAUAGGGACCCCGUGUAGUUGGAGUGUGUCAGCAAAUUUGGUCAUUGUUUAGGAGGGUACUGGAUGCUUUACUCUAAGCAAAUUUGGUCAUUGUUUAGGAGGGUACUAGAUGCUUUACUCUAAGCAAAUUUGGUCAUAGUUUAGGAGGGUACUAGAUGCUUUACUCUAACCUGUAAUGAGAAGGGAAUCAAUGGAUUAAUAAUUUGAUACUGUUAUAGA